UCAUUAUUCCGUGCAAUUUCCGUGCACCUCCAACGUGCCGUUUGCUUCCCGUCUCGACGCUGCCGUCGGCCACCGUGAUGCAGGAGCCUUUGGGUGAAACGGCUGGAAGCCAGUUGGCGGCUGAGGGGCAACAAGCACUGCAAGACCUGCUGCAGAGUAUCAAGGCUCAAAGUGCAGCCAUCCACUCUGACGUUGCGGCCGUGCGCCGGCACUACACAGCUGCAUCACAGGCAGUGUCUAAGGUCCGCUUCGAAGCCUUGUGUACGCCGAAGUCCCGAGAGAACUCCAAAAGCCUGGCGGGGCGCACUGUGGGAGACUCCUGAGCAUCCCAAAGUGAGGGCAAGGGCCAGGCGACAAAAA